AUGCAAGUCGUUUAUGGGCCAUUACCACCCUUAGAAACGAUAAUAGUAAUAAUCGUUGUUACAAUAGCAACAUUCAUAAUAGGUAUUAUAGCAAUAGGCAUUACAUUAUCAGCGUUUCGAAGACACAGUCCAAAGGAUUCACAUUUCUUCGAAACAACUAUUAUUGAUAAUAAUGAACAACAGCAGCCUAGAGAAGUGAACAAUUUUGUAGAAUCAGGAUUUCUAGAAGAACCAAGUACACUGGAACUGGAACAAGAAAAUAUUAUAAUGCCAAAUCAUGAUUUGGUUAUGUUACAAUAUCAGCAACAACAAGAAAGACAUAAUUAUAAUAAAUUUCAAGAAAGAAGGGAUAGUUUUGACAUAAAUUUUGAUGAUGGUGGUGAAACUAGUUUCGCUACUAUUUAA